UGCUUUUAAGGCUUAUUAGGCACGAGUGAUGUUCGGAUGAAAACCUCGCAGACUCGCAAACUCGUUAAAUUUUGGAUUUCGCGACUUGGGCACGGCGAGGCUCGUGGGAGCUAAAGGGUCCACACCGGGCGACAUUCUUCAUCGACCUUCUCAAAUAGAAAACCUCCGCAACACUGCCAUUUUCCUCUUCUCUCUCUCUCUCUCUCUCUGAGCUGUGUCUGUCGAAUCAGAGAGGGCUGACAAAUGAAAAAGAGGCGGAGGAGGAGAUGCUGAUGAUGGAGCAGAUUAGCUAGCCCGUAGAGAAUCCGAUUGUUUUGCCGGAAAUUGAGGAGACGGGGGUCGAAAGAAAAGAUGCGGACGAUCUGCGACGUGUGCGAGAAUGCUGCUGCCAUCUUUUUCUGCGCCGCCGACGAGGCUGCUCUGUGCCGUGCUUGCGACGAGAAGGUUCAUAUGUGUAACAAGCUGGCGAGUCGGCAUGUGCGCGUGGGUCUCGCCGAUCCCAGCGAGGUCCCACGUUGCGAUAUAUGUGAGAAUGACCCUGCUUUCUUUUACUGUGAGAUAGAUGGUACUUCCCUCUGCCUGCAAUGUGAUAUGGUUGUGCAUGUUGGCGGUAAGAGAACCCACGGGAGAUAUCUCUUAUUGAGGCAGAGAGUCGAGUUUCCAGGGGAUAAACCUGGUCGCUUAGAGUUUGGGUUGCAAACACAUAAUCAGAAUGAGGUGAAGAGGGAAAAGGAUCAGCCACCUAAGACUGCAAUGAAAGAGAUCCAGCAGAAUCACAAGGCGUCUCCAGUACCUGUUCAAGAUGCUAGUUCUAGUGGCAAUGGCAAGAUGGAGGACGAAUUGAUUGAUCUCAAUUCUCGGCCUCAAAGGACUCGAGGGCAGACUUCGAUGAAAGAGGAUACGGAUGUAACGAAUGGCUCUAAUCACGAAUCUGCUGGCAUUGUUCCUGUUGGAUCAUUUGAUAGAAAGCCUGAAAAGUGAGCAAAUCUGCAGAAUGUAUUGGGCAAGUCAGUCUCAUGCUGCCUGUUACUGAGUGAAGGAUUCAUCUCUUUCCUUUUAACAAUUGCUUCAAGUUCCAUAUGCUUCCAUUUGUUUACUUAGGACCCUGAAGUUUCUACAUUUGAUAUUUCUUCUUUAAUUUCUGUACGAAGGGCAGCUGUAAUGAGUUCAGUCAUU